AUGGGGGUUUUGUAUUUGUGGUUUGGAGAUGCUCUUUUGUCUUUGGAAGAAAGCAAAGACGACGUCCUCGCCCAGCUUCCGCAAGCGAAGACCGCUGCUGCCAGCAGCAGCAGCAGCAGCAGCAGCACAGCAGCAGCAGAAAAGAAAGAUGAGGGGGAAGUGUCUGACGAUGAAUUGGCUUUCCAGAUGCUGGAACUGGCCAAGAAGUGUCUUGCCACUCUGCUCAACUACAUACCUGCAGCAGCAGCAGCAGCAGCAGAAGCAGCAGCAGCAGAACCAGCAGCAGCAGCAAAACCGGAUGCAGAGACACCGGCGACGCCGAAAGCCGAAACGCCCAAAGCAGAUGCCGUAGCAGCAGCAACGGAUCCGGAAGCAGCAGCAGCAGCAACAACAGGUCCGGCAGCAGCAGCAGCAGCAACAGAUGCGGCAGCAGCAGCAGCAGCAACUCUGUCGCGUGAGGAGAUCGUUACUGCAGCAACAGACCUUUCUUUUGCCUGCAUGCGCCUGGGGGAUUUGCAGCUAAUGAAUAAUAGGUUUCAAGACGCAACAGAAGACUACGGGGAAGCAGACUACGGGGAAGCAGUGCGGGUGCGGGGGGCCUUCGCGUUGGGCAGCAGCAACUUGUUGGCCCCGAGUGUCUCCUUGGCCCAGUCCCUUUUCUUUUCCGGAGACAUUUCCAAGGCCCUCGAAACAUUCAAAGCUGUGCUGCUGCUGCAAGCGCUGCUGCUGUCGCUGCAGCUGCGGAUGUCACUUUAG